AUGAGUUUUACGAUUCAACAUUUUGAUUAAAAAAAUUAUGGAAUAAUAAAUUGCUAAAAUUAAAUAAGUUAUUAAGUUAUUUGUAUAUUUGGCAUUCAUUCUUCAAAUGCGGAACUCAUUGUUAUAUAGCUCUUGAAAUUACAAAUUAAAUUGAUAUAUCAAAAAAAUAUGAUAAGAUGUAUGAUAUUUAUGCCAAAGCAUAAUCUUGAUUAUAUUGUAAAUAAGCAUUAAUAUCAUAAGUCUAACUGGGAAAGACCACUUUCCUGGGGUCAAAAUCAAUUUAUUCUUGAUACUGAAUAAUCAAUAAAAAUUGAUCUAACUCUUUUAUAAAUAAAAAAAAAUGACCAAAGUGUCAUUUAGUUAAAUCAAAAAAUGCCUGGAAAAAGAUCCUAAAAAAAGAGUUUAUACUAGUACUUGGUUAAAAGGAGAAGUUAUUUAAAGUUCCCUCUAAAAAAGGAAUAGGAAUUUAAAUUUAGUAAACCACUGUCUAAAAAAUAAUUUUCUCCUUUGCUUGAAAAAAUUUUAGACUAUAUAAUUUUAAAUUAUCUAAACAAUCGCACAAAUAAUAAGUUGAAAAGGGAUAGUUAGUUACUUAAGAUUUCACAUUUAGAAGAUCGAAAUAGAAUUAGAAUGUUGAUUUAACUGGAAGUUCAAUAGAAAAAAAAAUAAAACAAAAUUUAUAAAGCAGAUAAUGAUAUAGGAGCAAAAAGAGAAAUGAAUUUAUAUCAAUAUUGA